AGUGCUAUGAGUAAACUCCUGGACAAGAUACCUAGACUAGGGGAAGCAAUGGAUAAAAAUGGCAGAACUCCUCUCUAUUCAGCUGCUUUCAAAGGCUGCCGUGAUGCUGCAGAACUAUUGAUCAAAAAGGGACGCUGUAAUGUGAAUGUAGUUGAUAGCGAAUGUGGAACCUGUCCUCUUGCUGCAGCCAUAUUCUUUCAGAAUUUCCAUUUAGUCGAUGUCUUGGUGAAGCAUGGUGCAGACAUCAACCUUCCAAACAUUGUUGGAAAAACGUCCUUGCAAUUUGCCGUCGAUGUCCAUGCUACUCGAGGACAAGACAUGAAAGAAGAGCCAUACAUGGCCGAGAUGAAGAUGAAAUGGGGACACCUUGGCAUUAAGACGAACUCAGAUGCUCUCCUUGCCUUCCUUGUCUCUCACGGUGGUGACCUGAAUGCAUUCAACAGUGAAAGGGUGACAAUAAAGACACUGCUUCAGCAUCAACCAAUCCUGCAACCUCUACUUAAAAUCCAAAGUCAGAGAGGAAAAGACAUCGCCAGACAGCAGAGCACAGCCAAUCGCCCCCUGCGUACCCUGACGGUGAAAACCAAUGACACUGGAGCUGAGGCCAACUCUGUCUCCUCUCUCUUACAGAAAAGCACUGGUAGACAAGAUUCAAAGAAACAGAGCUCUGGAGACUCCUCGGAGAAGUUUGCAGCGGGAUCAGGAAUACAGCAGAAAUCUUCAGGCGAUUUGCAUCACCUCCAAGCUGAGCUCCAGCGCAAAGACGAAGAGCUAGAAACCCUUCGGUCAAGGGUCAAGACACUGGAACACCUGGUCAAGAAGAAUAUCUCCUUCACUUGUGGCCAUAAUGUCAUCCGAAGCAUUGCUGAGCUCAUCCCUGAAUGCCCAUAUUGCAGCGAGCCAAUUUCUUCAGUCGUUGACUUGCAGUAGGGACCUUACCCUCUUAAUGCAAAGGAGUGGAAACCUUUUUAGGAUAAAUAUAAAGGAUUGCUACCUUUAGAACUGAAUACAUUCAAACAUAGUAAUUUAAUAGUUCUUCUGUUUAAUAGUGGAUCGCCGUAUUUUAUUUUCAAUGUAGUUUUCCUCUCCAAAACGAAGCAUGAUCCCUAAUAUCACUCUCCCAAAGUGGAUUUCCACUCCUGUACAUAAUUAUCGAGGGCAUUGCAAUUAUAAGGGUUAACGCCUCUUGGUUCUCAUCGCACGAGUAGAGGUAAUACCACUAAAUAUUUUAAAGGCUGAGAUUUCAAUACCACAUUUUUUUACCAAUGGCGGUGCAACUUUAGUGAUCAAUAUUAAUUCAAAUCAUUGCUGGGGUAACAUGACAAAGGGUUCAUUGAAACUACACGAUUCGCAUGUCCUCAAAAAAAGAUUGACUUUAAUGCAAUUUCCGUAAUGCACUAGUAAUCAUAUUUAAAAAACAAAUGGCUUUGUAGAGUUCAUUAUUAUUAUUCAUUUCGAGUACAUUUAAUUAUAUUUCAAAAUUCACCAUUCAAAUUGCAUAGUACGUUUUGUUAGGGCUCGUCACAAAGUUUGUCUGACCUAGCAACAACUGACGUUUGCAAUAGGCAUCCUGCCAAUUGUUAUACAGUCAAUUAUAAUACUUGGUAAACGUUUAUAAUUUUGAUUACAUUUUGAAAAUGUCCCAUUGGCCUGACGUUGUAUGAGAUCUCAUCGACGAUUUAUUUGUCUUUUCAACUGUGAUAAUGAUCAUAAUUAUUAUAAAAUAUAUUACGACACUAUUUAUCCCUGAUCAUUGAGUAGAUUUCAUGCCAUUUGUACAAUAAAUAGCACGUUUGAUUUUGAAUCUCUUCACUAAACGCAAAGGGCAAAUUGGACAUAGUACCUUAAACAACAAUUUAUCAUGUUGUUGCUUAAGUAUAAGCUGGUGUUAUGAAUGUGAAACUUAAUACUUUCAUCCAGUGUGAGUAGUAGAUAAACAAGCAGGAUGCAUUAUCUUCAGAUCGAAUUCAAAUGUGGAGGAACGUAUCUGUCUAAUCAAUGUACUAGAAUCCUUGAUUUUCGAUUUCCUUUUUAUUUUGUUUGUUUGAAUGGACGUGCUAUUAAAACUGAAAAGAAAUCAUUGAUUAGUAUCAAAACAAGAUGUACCCAUAUUUUAGUCAUAAUAAUGCUUUGUUUGUUAUGAAAUAACUAAAAUACCCUGAUAUGUAGACAAGUCAUUCCAGUUCUGGGUGUUUCAUUUUCCACAGAAAAAUGCCUUUUCAUUUCAUUAGGAAAAUGAGAGAGUACGCUCUUUUUUGUUUUUUAUUAGAUAUCGUCAGAAAUUACUAUGAAAGUUUUUUGUAACUUUUUCUUUGUUUUGUUUUGUUCGUUAUGCAGUUACAGUAUACUUUAAUAAUGUGCUUUGUAUUUUUUCUUCCAUUUUUAAUUAGAUGAGAAUUAUCCUAUGUACUUAAUGUUAAAUAAGAGGUUGUAACAAAAACUAUCUAAGAUAUGCAGAUGAGCCCUAAUGGCUCAAAAUUCGUAUUCAAAUGUGCUUCUUUUAAAGUUAUAUUUGCUACUUUACAAAAUAGGAGGGGCAAAAAGAAAUAGCUCACGGUCAUGCACUUAGUUCAACAAGGGACGAUGUGUGUGGCGGUGGAUUGCUUGGCAUCAUGUUAUGCCUUUUAACACGACAUGGACGCAGCCAUUUUAGAUGUGACGUACCAAAGUAUUCAUGUAUCAUGCACGAAGCUUUAAUUGGAAAGACUUUUUAUUCAAUAACAAAACGUUUCCUUUUCAAUGAGGGAAAAUAAUAGACGAGAAGGUAAAAAACUACAUUUGGUAGAACUGUGUUGAUUGUUUUUUUAUGCCUCCGCCACCGAAGGUG